UACUUUGCCUUUUGUGGGGUUGAAUGAGCAUUGAACCCAGAAUUUUGCCCGCGUUGGCUCACGGAAACCUCUUAAGGCCCUGUUAAUGGCACUUUGGGAACGAUGUGGCAUAAAGGAGACCUGAGCAAUUGGCUCGACAGGUGGAAGAAGGUUUCGAAAUAGGAGGCUGAGCCCCAGCUGGCUUAAAUCUCUCUGAAAGUGAAAACAGCUUUGGCUUUUUCUCCUAUUUAGUUUCCUGGAUCUUCCACCUGAGGCAGUGGGAGAGCUUGAGAUCCAGUUCCUCCUGUGCCUCUUCAGCCAAGGCAAAGCCCAGGGUUACAGUGUCAGCCACCAGGCGGGAGAUGUUGGGAUCCCAGCCAACAGGUGGAACAGCCACUUUUUGAAACUCUCUGAAUCACAUUUCGGGUUACUGGCAUUUGCUCACGUUCUAAGAUAAUAAGGAAUUAAGCAAUACCUUAAACAGUACCUACAGUUUCUGGUGUAUGAAGGUUGUAGUUCAGUAUUUGAAUCUGACAUCUGUGACCAUGCCCUAACUUAAGGGACAUCUGGGCAUUUCCUGUGUUGAGAACCAUGAUCAGUUUAGUGCUUUGUGUGUCUGUUUGUGUGUGUGUAUGACUGAUUCUUAAAAAUCUAAGUAUAUUUUAUACUGGUGUGUGAACAGAGCCUAGGUCUUUUCAAAGGGGUGCCUGUGACCUCCCUGUCCAUGUAGUUGAGUAAGAAGCUUGAAUAUGUUGAGAGGCAAGACUCAUAGGGUGGUUAGAAUUAGGCUUGACUUUAAAUCUGUCACUUGGUAGUUUAGGGAUUGAAUAAAUUACUUUUCUGGGCUUGAAUUUCCUCAAAGGUAAAAUGGAACUGAUAAUACCUACCUCACAGGUUAUUGGAAGGCUUAAAUGAGGUAAUGUGUAUAAAGUGUCUGGUAAAUAGAGAGCAGUCAAUAAAUAAUAAUAGCAAACACUUAAUAUUGCACUUUCAGUCUGCAAGGUGAUGUUUCGGGUUCCUUACGUGUUCCUAUGAGGUAGAUACCAUUAGCAUUUUAAAAAUAACCCUAUGAGAUAGAUACUGUUGGUAGCCACAAUUGACAGAUGAGGAUAUUGAGCUUAAAAAGACAAAGCUUGCUCAAGUUUACACAGUUACUACAUGGUGGAGCCAGUUUUUGAACCAAGGCAAUCUGGUUCCAGAGUUCAUCCUGUUAUCUAUAAUACUAUACUGCCUCUUAAAGAAAACAAGCUGUUGUUUAAAAUUGUUAUUAUUAUUUCAAAAUGAGUAGCUAGAUAGUUUCUGUAUCACUGGGUUCUUGCCCCUUGUUGGUUAUAGGAGGAGCACAGUGAUGGAGAGAUACAGGAGACUUAGGUUUAAGCACUGUCAUAUAUUAGCAGUGGGACAUUGAGAAAGGGCGCCUCAGUUUUCUCCUCUGUAAGAUGGAGGUUUUACCUACCUCACUCUUUGUGAACUAUGAGGUGUUACACAAAUGAUUGAUGUAUUUGUGUAUGUGUUGGAGGCCCUCUUCGUAGAUGUGGGUAUAAUCUACUCUGGAACUCGAGGUCUUAUACAUACUGUGCAGUACAAGCACCUGUAAUAGGAAUACCAAAGGCUGCUGGUAAGGUGGGGAGCACAGGCCAAGCUGCAAAAUAAACUCUGGUUGUUCUUGGUACCCUUUCCCCCUCUUUUCAAGCUCUGUCUCCCAAGUGCCUUCCUGCUAACCUGUGGCUCUAUGAAAUCCUUCCCUUUUCACUCAAUCUUGCCCCCAACCCUGUGCAUCACAAUUAGUGUAGCUUUCUCCACAAGUAACUCCCCAAGUCCCAGAUCUCAGCUAACACUUUUAUAAAAUAGUAUGUACCAAGGUAGUGUUUCCCAAACUUUGGUAACAUCAGAUAGGUAAUAUAAUUUGAAUGAUAAGCAGAUGAACUUAAAAAAAAAAUUCUCCAAAAAUUUACACACACAUUUGAAUGAAACAAAAGUUCUUUAUAUGUUUAAAUUAGGAGAAGAACCUAACACCUCAAAACUGAUUUCACAGAUACUAUUACUAAGCAUAGGGCAAAAAAAUAAAUCAAUUGAAAAGCCUGUAUUAGGUAAAAAAUAGUACAGGUGAGAUGCAGAUAUGGUAAGACUUCUGAAAACAGUACUUGGGUAACUGAAGUUUGGGAAAUAAUGGACUAAAAUAAAAUAUGAGUGAUUAACCUAUUAUGAAAUUUUUUUUAUCUUAAAAGAGGUAUUUAUGAAAGCAUCUUGCUGGAAAGUAGAUAUAAAAUGUACUUAUAUGUUGGGUUUUGUUUAUUACUUUUUGAGAGAUUGCCUUCCUGGAACCUUGGGCCUACAGUCAUCACCCCACAAGUUUCUGAAGAAGACAGGUCUUCUCUGUCAGUUGAAAUGUCUAUGAUUUUAUCUGCCUCAGUCAUUCGUGUCAGAGAUGGACUGCCACUUUCUGCUUCUACUGACUAUGAACAAGGCACAGGCAUGCAGGAGUGCAGAAAGUAUUUUAAAAAGCUCUCGAGAAAACUGGCUCAGCUUCCUGAUAGAUGUACACUGAAAACUGGACAUUAUAACAUUAAUUUUAUUAGCUCUAUGGGAGUGAGCUACAUGAUGUUGUGCACUGAAAAUUACCCAAAUGUUCUGGCCUUCUCUUUCCUGGAUGAGCUUCAGAAGGAGUUCAUUACUACUUAUAACAUGAUGAAGACAAAUACUGCUGUCAGACCAUACUGUUUCAUUGAAUUUGAUAACUUCAUUCAGAGGACCAAGCAGCGAUAUAAUAACCCCAGGUCUCUUUCAACAAAGAUAAAUCUGUCUGACAUGCAGAUGGAAAUCAAGCUGAGGCCCCCUUAUCAAAUUUCCAUGGGUGAACUGGGGUCAGCCAAUGGAGUAACAUCUGCAUUUUCUGUUGACUAUAAAGGUGCUGGUAAGAUUUCUUCUGCUCACCAGCGACUGGAACCAGCAACUCUGUCAGGGAUUGUGGCAUUUAUCCUUAGUCUUUUAUGCGCAGCUCUGAAUUUAAUUCGAGGCUUUCAUGCCAUAGAAAGUCUCCUGCAGUGUUAUUUAUUUGUCUACUACACCGGCUGGCGGAAUGUCAAAUCUUUUUUGACUUUUGGCUUAAUCUGUCUAUGCAACAUGUAUCUCUAUGAACUGCGCAACCUCUGGCAGCUUUUCUUUCACGUGACUGUGGGAGCAUUUGUUACGCUCCAGAUCUGGCUGAGGCAAGCCCAGGGCAAGGCUCCUGAUUACGACGUUUGACACCAUCCUUCAGACAUGUUGCCUUGGCUUCAGGGGAAAAAGAAGGGAGCAUAUCUUAACUACCACUGUGAUGAAGAAACUGUUCACCACAAAUGAGAAGCUCUGCUGUCUUUCUCUGCAGCUGUCCUUCCCGUUUUAAGUCAGCAUGGCAUGCCUAUGAGCAUGCCAUACCUGCUACGCAAACUCCUCUCAGCAGAAUGUUGGCCAUGAGAUUAUCGAUCAGAAGAAGAUGAGGAGACCUCUCUGCAGGGCCAUGGCAGUGGAAGAACAGUCAGAUGCCAUUGGAAGACUUGGCCAGCAGCCCUGAAUCCUGGCUGGAGAGUUCAGUCAAAAAUUACGUGUGGUACUUGCUCUGAGAACUAAGCAGGAGCUCUACAACCCGGGUUUGCCUUUGUGAGGCAUUAGUGUAGACCAAAUAAAAAGAUGCUGCAGUGAAUAAGAAAGUUUAUGUGUAAAACAAAUUACUUGCUAAAUAUUAGAUUUUGCACAUUUAUGGUACUAGUUUGUGAAGUCCAGAUUGGUGUGGAAUGGGUUCUUUUUCCUUUUAUAUUUUUGCUUGAAUCUUAACUCUGGAAGUCGCCCGAUGUAGGAGAAGGCUCUGGUGAGCUCAUCCCUGGAGCAUCGCAAGUAUUGAAAACACAGUGACACAUGUUUCUUUCCUAGGCCAUGUUUAUACUUUCUUUUGAAAUCACUUUUUAAAAAUAUUUGUUAGGCUAUAGCCAUUGUUUGCCAAACUUCAAUCACUUGAGUAUUACAUAUGCUAUUAUUUACUUAAUAUUUAUCUUUUAAAUUUUAAAAUAUUUUAAAAAGAAACUAACCUCUAUUCCAAGUAGAAAACCAGCAUCAGUUUGCCAUAAAAAAAAGAUAACUACAAAAUAAAUAAAAAUAAAACAAAGAUGUUAUUAAAUUCUAGCUGGAUACUAAUGACUGCCAAGUCUCUGAAUCCAAAAAGCCUGCUCUUUCUUUGUUGCAGUGAGAGAGACGUUACCCAGCACCAAAAUGGGGCUCUCUCUGUGGAAUUAUCAGAAGUUUAAAAGAAAAUUAUAAAGGGAAUGCCAUUCUCACUGUGAUUCAGCAUUAUUUAAUUCUGUGUUGUGUAUCACCUAAAAUCAUCUUGCAUGCCACCAAGUGGCAUGGGUCCUGCACUAUGGAGACACUGAGCUGUUCUAAAAGAAUCAGAAGGUGACUCUUCUCUCAGCACUUCUUAUUAUUCCUCAUUAUUUUAUGGCUUUGAGGAGUUAAGCACCUACUAUCUUAGAGAACUUACUUGCUUUUUGAUAACUUUAUAAAGAUUGUUUAAGCAGCUUUGAAUUAAUAAUAGAGGAAGCAUAGUUUGUUUCCAUUAGCAAAAUCUACAGCUCUUCUGGUUUCGAAGUCAUCUUCAUGAGUGAUUUUCUUGAGAAAAGAUUCCAAUUAAGGAAUUCAUAACGUACUGAAAUUGGAUAUCCAGAAAAACAGUGGACCCAUUACAUAUAAUUUAUGUUCUGGGUAUAUUAAUUUUGCAGAAGAAAUUGUCCAGAGAGGUAAAGUCACUGAACUACACUGUUUCCAGAACCAGUAUACAUAGGUAUGUCUACAAUGAGAAAUCUUGCUUAACUAGAACCUUUUUGCUACACUGUUCUUUCAGGAGAACGAGGCAAAAGAAGACAGUAAGCUUACGAUUUCGGGGAUUUAUUUAAUGCAAGAAACUCCAGUUCCCUCCAAUCUUCUGCCUGUAACAAAACCACAGAAAUUAUGAAUAUUCUGAGAGAUAUCCCAAGGUACCACAUGAUCCUAAAUCAUCAAAAUAAAAUUGAUUUAUGUUUGGCGUUUUGUAGUUACUGAGCCAGGAAAGUAAAGUGGUUCAAUUUAGAAAGUAUUUUUUUCUAAACUAAUGGUUAAAGCAAGAAGAGUUUUCUUGUAAAUAGUCAAUUAACCAGGAGAUUGGAGUAUUCUGGUUCAUUGUGAUUUUGCUGUGUAUUGAUAUUUUAUAGCUCUUUUACCAGUUUGGUUCUCCUUAUUAUUGAAUUAUAAUAUUUGGUAUUUGGAUACAUUGAGCAAGGACACUUGAAAACUCACCAGCUAUCUUUAAAGGCUUAAUUUGUUUUUUGUUUUUGUUUUGCUUUUUCACCAGCUGUUUUGGAUAAGGGGAUGUUUACAUUUUAAUGUAAAAAAUGAAAACAGGUAUAAAUAAUGUUUUAUGUAUAGAAAUGCUUUCUUUCAUUAUUUGGUGCCUGCAUCUCUCAGUGUUUAUACAACUUCUCUGCCUCUAUCAUGUUGUUGCCAAAGAAACUAUGAAUUUGGAAAGACAAAUUUUUGCCAUGAAUGUAAAGAAGUUUUUAAGCUCU